CGCGCGCCGGGGGCGGGCGGACGGGGGCGGCGUCCUGGCCAUGGCCGGCCUGUCGGACCUGGAGCUGCGGCGGGAGCUGCAGGCCCUGGGCUUCCAGCCAGGCCCCAUCACCGACACCACCCGGGACGUCUACCGGAACAAGCUGCGCCGCCUGCGCGGCGAGGCCCGGCUGCGCGGCGAGGAGCGGCUGCGCGAGGAGGCCCGGCCGCGGAGCCAGGAGCGGCGGGCCCGGCCCGAGGCGGGGCGGCGGCUGGAGCGCUGCCUGUCCCGGCUCCUGUUCUGGGCCAGCCUGGGGCUGCUGCUCGUCUUCCUGGGCAUCCUCUGGGUGAAGAUGGGCAAGCCCUCGGCGCCGCAGGAGGCGGAGGACAACAUGAAAUUAUUGCCAGUGGAGUGUGAGAAAAAAACAGACGAGUUCUGUCAGGCCAAGCAGAAGGCCGCCUUGCUGGAGCUGCUGCACGAACUGUACAACUUCCUGGCCGUCCAAGCCGGUAAUUUUGAAUGUGGAAAUCCAGAGAAGCUAAAAAGCAAAUGCAUCCCUGUAAUGGAGGCGCAGGAAUAUAUAGCAAAUGUGACUGGCAGCUCCUCCACCAAGUUUGAAGCCGCACUGACCUGGAUACUGAGCAGUAACAAGGACGUGGGCAUCUGGUUGAAGGGGGAAGACCCGUCGGAGUUGGUGACAACCGUGGACAAGGUGGUCUGCCUGGAAUCCGCCCGCCCUCGCAUGGGUGUUGGCUGCCGCCUGAGCCGCGCCCUGCUCACUGCCGUCACCAACGUGCUCAUCUUCUUCUGGUGCUUGGCCUUUUUGUGGGGGCUCCUGAUCCUCCUGAAAUAUCGGUGGCGGAAGUUGGAAGAGGAGGAGCAGGCCAUGUAUGAGAUGGUGAAGAAGAUUAUAGAUGUGGUCCAGGACCAUUAUGUGGACUGGGAGCAGGACAUGGAGCGCUACCCCUACGUGGGCAUCCUGCACGUGCGCGACACCCUGAUCCCUCCACAGAGCCGGAGGCGCAUGAAGCGGGUCUGGGACCGGGCCGUGGAGUUCCUGGCCUCCAAUGAAUCCCGGAUCCAGACGGAGUCCCACCGUGUGGCUGGAGAAGAUAUGCUGGUGUGGAGAUGGACUAAGCCCUCUUCCUUCUCUGACUCUGAGCGAUAAACCCUGGGCGGGGCCUGUUCCCGUUCAGCCUGCCCCAGGCCCGUCCACUCUGCGGGCUCGAAAGGGCGCCAGCCCUGCCGGUGCUGAAUUCACACUUGCCUUGACUUGCACCCUCCUCCCACCCCUGGUUCCAAAGGUCUCUGUGGACUCCACAGAGCCAGCUCAGUAGGGAAGUGUGGGCUUCCUGGAAGGGCGGAGGGAAGAAGCCAGAGGCUGGGUGGGCAGCUUGUCCUCCGCAUGGGUCGGAUCCUCUCUGCCCUGCUUUGCUGGCAGAAAGGGGAGAAGGGUUUGUUUUUCAUGAGUAGAGAAGAUAAAAGAGCAGCAGCUCUGAG